UUGACAGACAGACAGUAAACAGAUACUCUCGUCUUUUCUUAAAAAAUAACAAUAAUUGUAACCUCCGAAUUAGUUACUAAAAUACACAUAAAUUGUCUCUACUUGUUUUUUCGGCCCCCCUACAAACAUGAAUAUUUUAGUUAUUAUCUCAGCCAAGUCAAUCAUCCAUUAUAAGUUGUUUUAUACUACACCGUAUCAGUUCAAACACCAUCGUCUUGAUAAUCUCGCCAAGCUUAUGUCUGAAUUUUGUAAUCUGAAUCUCAAUACUUAACAAAAAGGUCGGUCAUGGGUCUAUCGGCGCUGUUAAUGGUUUCCACUGCUAACCUUAAUUCAAGCCCUGUUUCUUGUCUGUUUACUCCCUUUAAGAACAGCAACAAAAAGAGCAAUAUUAGUAGCCGCUCUUUAACUACCCGUUUUCGAGUAUAUUGCGAAAUUAAGAUAGAGGGAAAUGAGAUCAAAAAAGUGAAAAGAUAUUCACCUUAUUUAGAGAAGGAAUUGCUGAGUAGAGGUAAUGGUGGAUUGGUAUCUGAAGAGUGGCAAGCAGUUCCUGAUAUUUGGAGAACUUCAGCUGAGAAAUAUGGUGAUAGGGUUGCUCUGGUUGAUCCUUAUCAUCACCCACCUACCACAUUAACUUAUAGUCAGUUGGAGCAGGAAAUUUUAAAUUUUUCUGAAGGAUUAAGAGUUAUUGGUGUAGAGCCCAAUGAGAAACUUGCCCUUUUUGCUGAUAAUUCGUGUAGAUGGCUUGUAGCAGAUCAAGGAAUGAUGGCUAUGGGAGCGAUUAAUGUUGUGAGGGGAUCAAGAUCUUCAAUCGACGAGCUAUUACAAAUAUAUAAUCACUCUGACAGUGUUGCACUUGUAGUGGACAGUCCUGAAUUGUUCAAUCGGAUUUCAGAAACAUUAUAUUCCAAAGCAGUAAUUGGAUUUAUCAUCCUACUUUGGGGAGAUAAAUCAUGCAUGCCUAUUGAUGGAUUGGAUGGCAUACCUGUUUUUGAUUACAAAGAUAUUAUAGAAUUGGGACAAGAUAGCCGGAAAGCUCUACUUGAUUCAAAUGACACUUGGAAACACUAUAAGUAUGAAGCAAUCAGGUCAGAUGAUAUCGCUACACUUGUUUAUACUAGUGGAACCACUGGAAAUCCUAAAGGUGUUAUGCUCACACAUAAGAAUUUGUUGCACCAGAUAAACAAUCUGUGGGAUAUUGUUCCUGCUGAACCUGGAGAUAGAUUUCUCAGCAUGCUACCACCUUGGCAUGCAUAUGAGCGUGCUUCUGAGUAUUUCAUAAUGACACUUGGCGUUGAGCAAGUAUAUACAACUGUGAGAAAGUUGAAGGAAGAUCUCAAGCAUUAUCAGCCUCAUUACAUGGUCUCUGUUCCUUUAGUGUUUGAGACACUCUACAGUGGGAUACAAAAGCAGAUCUCCUCAAGUUCCACUAUUCGUAAGCUUAUUGCAUUUACAUUCAUAAGCUUCAGCUUGGCAUAUAUGGACUUCAAGAGAAUUUAUGAGGGAACUUAUUUAACAAAGAUUCAGAAGCAACCAUCACAUCUUGUUGCAGCGUUGGACUGUUUAUGGGCAAGAAUAAUGGCUGCACUACUAUUGCCAGUGCAUAUGUUGGCUAAGAAGCUCGUAUAUAGUAAAAUUCAUUCAGCAAUUGGAAUAAGCAAGGCUGGCAUAAGUGGAGGUGGCAGUUUACCCAUGUAUGUAGAUAAAUUUUUUGAGGCAAUUGGCGUAACAAUCCAGAAUGGAUAUGGUAUGACAGAAUCAUCUCCGGUUACUGCUGCCCGGAGACCUACAUGUAAUGCUCUUGGCUCAAUUGGGCAUCCAAUUCGGCACACGGAAAUUGAAGUGGUGGAUGCUGAAACUGAUGAAGUUCUUUCAGAUGGGUUAAAGGGAAUUGUGAAAGUUAGGGGCCCACAUGUGAUGAAAGGUUACUACAAGAACUCUCUGGCCACCAAGCAAGUGUUAGAUGAGGAAGGUUGGCUAAAUACCGGCGAUAUAGGUUGGAUUGCUCCUCACCAUUCAAUUGGGCGAAGCUGUUGUUGUAGUGGCGUUAUUGUCUUGGAGGGACGCGCUAAGGAUACCAUAGUUCUUUCAACAGGUGAAAAUGUCGAGCCUUCAGAGCUUGAGGAAGCUGCCAUGAGAAGUACUUUGAUUCAACAGAUCGUUGUCAUUGGCCAGGAUCAACGUCGUCUUGGAGCUAUAAUUGUUCCGGACAAAGAAGAGGCGCUACUAGCUGCAAAAAAAUUGUCCAUUGUAGAUGCCAAAGCCUCUGAGCUGACCAAGGAACAAAUGGGGAGCCUGCUAGAUGAAGAACUAAGAAAUCAGUUAUCAGAAUGUUCAUUCCAAAUCGGAUCGAUACUUGUCAUUGACCAGCCUUUUACGAUUGAAAGUGGCUUGAUGACGCCGACCAUGAAAAUUCGAAGGGACCGGGUGAUGGACCAGUUGAGAGAGCAGAUAGGCAAUCUCUACAAGUAGCUGAAAUGAUGUAAAUAUACACAUGAAAUAGAAACAGAAUAAAGAACAAGUUCCAUGGUAAUAUCUCUGCAUAUUGCUGUGUUCCACUUUACACAUUUCAGUACAGUUUUGUUUGUCGUUAAGGUAGAGACUAAUUUCAUUCAGUUUCUCCUGUGCCUGUAUAUCAAAAACCUGCGAUCUGGAGAUAAAUUCCUCCCUAAGGUUGAGGAUCAAGAAUGUAAUUUUUAGUUAAAUAUUUGUUACAUUUAAGACAUUUUGUUUGGCCCUUUAUAUAUGUGGUGGUGCCAUAAUUAUAACACCAUUGCAGUUCUAUUUGCUCA